CAUUUUGUAAAGCGGGGGCUGGAGAGUAGCCGGCGGGGUGCGGCGGAGGGUUUCGGGGUUCGGACCAGAGCGGCCGGAUGGUGAAAUCCUCCCUGCAGCGGAUACUCAACAGUCACUGCUUCGCCAGAGAGAAAGAGGGGAAUAAAAGCACCGUCGCCGCCAUGCCCGCCGUGCUGAGCCUCAGCGCCGGACAGAGCAGUUCCAGGGUUCCCUUCAAUUGCUGUAGUAACCUGGGUCCGGGGCCUCGGUGGUGCUCCGAUGUCCCUCACCCACCCCUGAAGAUCCCAGGUGGGCGAGGGAAUAGUCAGAGGGAUCACAAUCUUUCAGCUAAUUUAUUUUAUUCUGAUAAUCGGCUGAAUGUAACAGAGGAACUAACAUCUAAUAACAGGACAAGAAUUCUGAAUGUCCAGUCCAGGCUUACAGAUGCCAAACACAUUAGUUGGAGAGCAGUGUUGAACAACAACAACCUCUAUAUUGAAAUUCCCAGUGGUGCUCUGCCUGAAGGGAGCAAAGACAGUUUUGCAGUUCUUUUAGAAUUUGCUGAAGAACAGCUUCAAGUUGAUCAUGUCUUCAUAUGUUUCCACAAGAAUAGAGAUGACAGAGCUGCAUUACUCCGAACUUUCAGCUUUUUGGGCUUUGAGAUUGUGAGACCAGGGCAUCCCCUUGUCCCCAAGAGACCAGAUGCUUGCUUCAUGGCCUACACGUUUGAGAGAGACUCUUCCGAAGAAGAAUAGAUUGCAAUGUUUGCCUCUUUAGAGCUUUCCUGUUGUUUAUGAAGAUGAAUAUGUAGAAAUUUUGUCAACAUCUUUUACAAUGCAUAGAAUUGUUUGUACAAAACGUUGUGACCAACUGCUUGGGUGGGGAGAUGUUGAAAAUUUCAGACUUGGUCAUCUUUUCUGGAUUUGUGCGCAUGUUGUGAUUGUGCAAAUAAAUGCUCACUCCAAAUUAGCAGUAUAUUUCUUGAGGUUUAAUAUUGUGUUUGUGAUACUGAAGUUAUUUGCUUUUAAUUCUAAAUAAAAAUUUAUAUUUUACUUUUUA